AUGAAAGGGACUAUUUAUUUAUUUAAUUCUUAAACUUUAUAAGAAGAUGAUUAUAAAGGUUUAUAAUGGAUAGAGGAUAUAAAAAUAAGCCCAGAUGAGACUUUAGUAGCAUUUGGUGCUCAUGAUUGCGCUUCUACAGUAGAAAUAUUUGAAAUAAAAGGGAAUAAAUUCGGUCCUAAAGUAGUGGCAUGUGUACGCUCUAAUACUUAAAGAAUAAUGGCUUCUGGAGAAGUAAAUGGGAUUAUUAAUUUAUAUUAAUAUCCUGCAUGUGUAAGUAAAUAAUUACAUACAUCAUAUAUUGGACAUACAGGAAGAAUUACUAGAUUGAGAUUUACAGCAGACGACUAGUUUUUAAUUACUGUAGGAGGAUAAGAUAUGUCUGUAAUGAUUUGGGAAGUAAAAAAUUUAAAUUCUAAUGUAAUUUAAGACGAAUUAAUGAACGAAGAUGAUGAUUUAGCUUUAGAAGAUAUCGGGAAUUUAAAAGGAAAAUAAUUAAGAGUAGCAGGAGAAAAAUUUGGGAAAUAAAAAUAAAUUUUAAAAAAAGAUGAAGAUACAGAUGAUAUUUUCGGUAAAGAAGAAAUAGAAAAAGGAGAUGAAUUUAUGGCUAUUAAGCCUUGGUUAGGAGCAAUAAAAGAACCUUCUAACUAUUAUAAAGAUCCUUUAAAUUAAUCUAAAGAACCACCUAUUUAAUUAUAAAUUGAUUAUGUUCAUGGAUAUAGAUCUAAAGAUUGCAGAGAUAACAUUUUUUAUUUAAAUUAUGGUGGAAUCGUAUAUCAUGCAGCUGCUUUAGGAAUCGUUUUAGAUAUUUAAAAUAAUACUUAAAAGUUUUUCGAUUUACAUAAUAAUGAUAUUGCUGCUAUAGCAAUUCACUAAGAUAAAAUAAGAGUAGCUACUGGGGAAAUAGGACCAAAACCAUCAAUAUAUGUUUGGAAUACAACUACUUUAUUACACUAAUGCCAUUUUAAAGGAUAAUUAGCAAAGGGAAUAAGUGCACUUGCUUUCAGUCCAAAUGGAGAUAAAUUAAUUGCUGCAGAUAUUGAUGUUGAUCAUAAGAUUGCUAUUUUUAAUAUUAAUGCAAAAUCAAAAAAUGGAGGAGUAUUAUUAAUAUCUGAAAAAACAGGACCAAGCUAAAUUUUUAAUAUAAAAUGGAGAAAUGAUAAUGAAUUUGCUUUUGCAGGAACUAAAUUAUUUAAAGUUUAUUAAGUUAACUAAUCUAAUUAAUUAUAAUCUUCAAAAGGUGUUUGGGGUAAAUCACAAUGUUCAAAUUUAUUGAUUUCUUUGAAUGUUUUUGGAGAAGAUUAUUUAUGUGGAGCUGUUGAUGGUAGUCUUUAAGUAUUUAAAGGAAAUUAACUAUCUUUAUUUAAAAAACUACAUGAUAAGGCACUUGAUUCUAUUUUUGUUUAAAAUUCUUAAAAUCAAAGUUCAUAAUAUAUUUUUACAGGAGGAAGAGAUUGUAAAAUUAAUAUUUUAGAUAAAACAUAUAAUCUGAUAUUAAUUAUCCCUGUUGAAGAAUAACUUAAGUCAUAAAUAAUUUUAAAUUCAGCUUGUUCAGAAAUUAGAGCUAUGUGUCUUUCUUAAGAUUGUAAAAGCUUACUCGUGGGAACUUUCGGAUCUGAAAUUUACGAGUUUACAACAAAAGAUAUAAAACUUAAUAAUUCAACUAAAUUUGGAACUGUAAAAAAUCUAAUUAGAGGUCAUUAUUGUCCAAAUAAACAAUAAUUAAAUGAAGUUUGGGGUUUAGCAACUUUUCCUAAUAAUAAUGAUUUAUUCGCUACAUGUUCUGAUGAUGGAACUUUAAGAGUUUGGUCAGUAAGUUAAAGAAAAUAGGAUAAAAUGAUUCGCACUAAUUUAGAUGCUAGUAAAAAUGAAAUUCCAAAUAACAGUCAAGGCGGAAAUUUAUAAGAUAAUAUUAAAGGUAAAUGUAUAGCAAUAAAAUAUGAUGGAGAAUAUAUUGCUGUAGGAUUUAAAGAUGGAACAUUAAGAUUAUAUGAUUAGAAUCUUAAUUAAGUCUAAUGUGUUAGAAGUGCUAAAGAAUGGAUUUCUGAUGUUAAAUUUUCGCCUGAUGGUACUACAUUAGCUGCCGGUUCUCAUGAUAAUGCUAUUUAUAUACAUAAUAUUCCUGAUUUAAAAUUAAAAGUAAAACCAUUAAGAAAACAUUCUUCUUAUAUCACUCAUAUUGAUUUCUCUUAAGAUGGUAAUGUUCUACACUCUAAUUGUGGGGCUUAUGAAUUAUUAUAUUGGAAUAUUAAUUAAGCUAAAUAAAUUACAUCAGGAGCAACUAGUUUAAGAAAUGAAUUUUGGGCUACUUGGACUGCUACUUUAGGAUGGCCUGUCUAAGGUAUUUGGCCUGAAGCCGCUGAUGGAACUGAUGUUAAUUCAGUUGAUAGAAGUAAUGCUACUUUUAUGGGAAACAUAAAUCCACCAGAUAAUUAUUAUUUAUUAGCUACUGGAGAUGAUUUUAGUAAAUUAAAAGUAUUUAGAUAUCCUUGUGUUUAGAAAGGUAGUAAGGCUAUUAUUGGUAAAGGACAUUCAAGCUUUGUUACUAAUGUUAAAUUUUCGAAUAAUGAUUAGUAUAUUUUCAGUGUAGGAGGAGAGGAUAAUUGUGUGUUUUAAUGGAAGAUUAUUUACAAAAAUAAAUGA